AUGGAGAGAAAGCGAAAAAAAGAUUAUUAUUAUUAUGGCAAAGAUCAUUUCUUUGUUAUGAUUCUAUUAUCUUGUCUAUUGCUACUAUCCACUUUAGUUCUCAAAGUAGAAUCAUUCAAUAUCGAACCACUAGAAUUCUAUGGAGAUGGUGUGGUCAAGAUCACGUUGAACACUGCUGUCGCAAAACCCGCUGUUUUCCUUCGUACAAGUGGCUCAAAUGUAGAUGAUCCAAUGACCCAAGAACGCAGUUCAAGUGAUAAUAUGAUUCAUGUCUUUAGUUUUACUAGAUCUAAUCGUCCUACUCCAUCCAGCACAACUCUUAGAUACUGGAUUGUUGUAGAAAACUAUACUCCAGUAGAAAUUUUGAUUAAAAAGUCUCCAUAUAUUUCAGGAUUCUCAACAUCAUACCUUUUAACUGGUUUACAAGAUGUGGUGAUUGAUAUUUAUGGUGAUGGUCUCAUUCCCAUCUCUAGUUUUAGUAAUGUCAUAGAAGUGUCCUUUAUGUACUUUAAUAGAAUGCAUGAGAUACCUUGUACUGUUCUAAAUCCCACCAUAGACAUUACAGAUACCUCAAUUACAUGCACUUUGGCAUCAACACCCAAUACCCCAACAACUCUAGAAGCUAGAAUCAAAUAUCAACCCCUUUUCGAAUCCACAAACCAACCCAAUCUUCUCUUGUCCUCUUCUCCCGAUUAUACCUAUUCUAUCUCUUCUAUUUAUGUUCAAGAUUUAAUCCUAACGAGUAUGAAUCCAACCCAAGGUUAUUCUGGUCAAACUCAAUUAAUAACUUUUACUGCCAAUGUUAAUACCAAUUCACCAAUUAAUAACUUGUUACAAAUUGUUUUUAUUGACGGUCAAGCUGGUAAUCAAUAUGAUUGUGGAAACCCAGUGUUGUCAAAUAAUGGCUUGGUUACUUGUACACUUCCAAUCAUUCCCAACAUUACUCCAGGUACCUCUGUUCAACUAUCACUUGAAUAUAAAUAUGGAACGUCAACAUCUAGAAUAUCAGUACCAUUUACUUUUCUCACUUAUUCUUCACAAAUUGCAACUACUCUACCAAGAAAGUUGAUCAUUACUGGUUCAGAGUAUGUCACCAUCACUGGUACCUUUUUUGACCAACCUACUAUGUUAACCAUUGAUGGAGUCGUAUGUAAUCUUCAACCCCCAACUCCCAUUUCAACGGAUAUUACAUGUAUGACUACUCAAUUCCCUGCUGCAAAACCAUCUGCCACUCUUUUAUUAACUAUUGGAAAACAAAUUAUUCAAUUACUAAAUGCUUUUGAAAUUGAAAAUUUGCGUAUUCUAUCGGUACCAUCUUUUGCUCUUUAUGAUAGUAAUAAUGUUCCAGUUACUACCACCAUGAGAAUAGGAUUUACUGGUAUUAUACCUCGAUUUUCCGUUAUCAAAGUAACAGGUGGAUCGGCUACAUAUUCUCCACCAUAUUUAAGGGUCAUCUCCAAUGUUUUAUCUUUUGAUGUCUCUUCAGCUGGUUUUACGGCUGGAGCAUCCUGUCAAAUUAAAUUGAGAGUUGGUAGAAAUGGACCUACAAUUGAUGUUGGUCAAUUUCAAUUUAAAAACCCAGUUAUAACAAUUGACCCAACUACACCAUUUCAAUCAUUUAUUUUAAAUUCAAACAAAGUUAAAAUUGAUUUGAAAACCAAUGUUGGAGAAACAUUCCAAGCAUUUAAAGUUGAGCUUGUACUUGUUACCCCUGCACGUGAUACUAUUGUGGUCAAAGGAAAUGUAUUACCAAAUCAAUUAAAUACUUUCGAGUUUGAUGUUCCAUCUUACUCUUUAGACACAAUCCCAUCAAUCACUAAAUAUCAAGAUGCUUCUUGUACAAUUAGAAUUGAUAAUCAUGACUAUCCACUUUUAAAUCAAAUUUAUAGAUAUACAGUACCAGAAAUUACCCAAAUUGAAUAUAAAAGAAGUGGAUUUGAAAUGCAAGGAAUUAAUUUAGAUCUUGGACCAAGUUACACAACAAAGUUUAUGUUGGAUGAUAUUGAUCUUGGACUAUGCACAGCUUCUUCAAGUACUCUGGUCGUGUGCUCCCAAUAUGUUUCAUCUACCAAUGCAAAGACAAUACUUUUGAUUGUUGAUGGAAAAAUAGAAUUCAAAUUCGAUCUUUCUACCGGCGCCGGUAUUACUAUCGUUGGACCUGUGGCAACAGAGAUCAAACCAAGAUUAUCACAGAUUACUGAUAGAUCAGACAUCACAAUUAGAGGUACUGGAUUUACAGCCCAAUCCCUAUCAUCAGUUACUAUUGGUGGAAAACAACUCAAAACAUGCACCCGUUUAGGCACUACCGAUAUCAUUUGUGGCAAACCUCCCGGUCUUCAACCAAACCCCGUCGGUCAAUCCCAUCAAAUUACAAUUGAUGGUGUCAUUCAAUCUGAUAUCUCCUACAUCACCCAUAUAGUCUCUUGUUUGGGUCAAUCUAUCGGUUCAUCGAUUGAUCCCCAACACUAUGACUAUUUGCCAAAGAAAUGGUGGUUCAACUAUAGAUUGGCAACAACAAAAGACGAUUAUUUUUAUGCCGACGAAGAGGACCAGAAUCUAAGACAUUUUUUUCCAUUGAAUACUCAUACCGAUAUCAAACAUAAUUCUCUGUACAAGACACUUGAACAAUCCAAGCAUGUUAGUUCAAAAUAUAUAUUUUACAACGACCAAAUAGGGAAAUUCGAUCCGGAAAAUGGAGUCAAAAAAGAUGCAAGACAAGUUAGUGAUCCUUAUGGUCAUACCAAAGGAUUUGUAAUUUGGCAAGAACAUAGUAAUCAAAUACAUGGAGUUCAUGUCUUGCACUCUAAUCCAGCUUUUCCACCAGAGGAUUAUACUGAGCAUGAUUUUCCAGACAAAAAACCAGCGUUUUUAGGAGAAAAACAUAAAAAACAACAUUAUUUUUGUCGUCCUUUUAUUGGAUUGGCUGAACUCGACACAGUUGCAGAUUAUAUUAUCAUCAACAAUGCAAACAUCUACAAAAUCAAAGUUCCACAAUCUCAAUCUACCAAAAUGUUGAAUAUAGAUGGAGCUGGUGCAACAAAUAUAGAAAAUUGUAUUGCCUUGUCAAUGGGUCCCAAUUGUAUAAACAACUUUCCGGUAGUAGGUGGAACAUAUUUUGCUAAAACUGCAAUGACAAGCAAUUUAUCCACUACCCCACUCCCACCAGUCCAUCCUUAUGACGUUUUAGCAUUUAGAGGCAACGUCACACAAAGGUUUCCAAAGAAUGCAAUUCACUACCCAACUGAAUAUCUGCACCAGAGCGCAGCAAAUAAUCAUCUUUUCUUGACAUUUUAUACUGCUAAACCCCAGGAAUGCGACAAUUCUAUAGGAUCUACAAGCACUUGGAAAUAUCGUUAUUGCUAUCCAUUUGGUGGUGUGGAUACAUGGGAGUAUGCUGCUCGUACUCUUGGUACGCAACUCUUUGUUCAAACUUUCAGAAAUUCUCACGCUUUGAUCCCAUCGCCCUAUCUUAUAAAUGUUAGUUCAAAAAUUAUUUAUCCAGGUAUACGGGAGAAUAUCGACACUGCUGACCACUCCAAGAUUGCCUACACUUUUUUACCCACAUCUAGAGGUGGUACCACUGGAGACUGGUUUUGUGUCGGUGAUAGUAAUAGAGAAUAUUCUCAGCCUGGAAGAGGUGGUGGAGCAUUUUGUUUUCAAUCUCCAACUUUGGUAGAUCAAUUUCACAGAGCUGUAACUAGGUAUAAACUAGUUGCACCUAUUGAUACCAGGUCAAAUACAAUGAUAGAGUAUGGAAUUUCUCACACUCGAAGUGAAGAUGUAGAAAGAGCAUCAAGUGUUCUAUUGUCUAUUCAAUUGGACACCUCUCUCACCUUUCUGAACCCAACUCCCAACUUUCAAAACCCAGUGACCGUCGCACUUUAUGAAUCAGUAUCAUACAAAGUCAUCCAACCAGCCCCAGCGCCAAGAGUAUUCCAAGACUACAAACUGAUCCCCUACGAAACUCACAGUUUCUAUGGAUCAAAAAAAAUUAGAUACAAUGCCCUCCGUACUACUAUUUCACCCAGGGGAUUUGGUGUUCCAGGUGCAGAGACUCCCUUUUCUCAAAUCUCCAAUAUCCUACCACCCUUUUUUACACCGCCAGAGGAACUUGUAGCCAAAAAGGAACUUAAAGUCGAAUACUAUGCAAAUGACGAUUCAGUUGCUUCAUUGGUUGAUUCAACAACAAUUCACCAAACUUGCCCCUCAACUACCAAAGUGAUUGUUUUGAAUGGUGGAACUCCCAUUUGUCAAGAAGAACAAACCUAUCUAUUAUUACUUGCCUACUACCAUAAUAGAACCAUCCAAGAACAAUCACAAGUACUUGACAUUUUUAAAUCAAUCAAUACUGGAUCACAAUCAACAGACUCUCAAAAAACAUUUAUCAAUGGUAUUCUUUUGGCCUUGACAAGAACUGAUGAUUAUCUAAAGAUUGCAUCUGCAUUUUGGAAAAUCCUAAUGCCAGUCCCUCCCGUAAAUCCCAAUCCGAAUCUUUCUUUUGAUUGGAUUCUAAAGGCCCUAUCAAGUAUAAAAAUUCAAGAUGAAGGAAUUGAUACUUUUGAAAAGUUUUAUGCCAAACAAGAGAAUAUUCUAAAGAGUGAGAGACCUUUAUUUGAAACAUUACAAUUAUUGCAACCUGCACCCGAUCCAAAUGCUGGUAUUUUAUCAAGACCUCCAAGUUUUCCAAAUUCUCGUACCUUUGUAUCCUCUUCCUCAUCUUCGUCUUCCUCUUUGUCAAUCUCUCACAUAUUGGAAGUUUUAUCAGAAAACUAUCCAAACAACUAUGACGUUGACAGUAUCACUAGAGAAUUGUAUGGAUCUGGAUCGGUACAAAGCACCUAUUACUCGGAUCUAAAGGGUGCUCUUGAUAAAUGGAUCAACAUUCAAGAUAAAAAUCAAGGUGUUCAAACUCUAUUUGUAGACAUUCUUUCAAAUACACAAACACUUGGAGCUAUUGAAAUGCUAGACAAUAUCAAUUCAAAUCAACAUGGUGUUGAUAUUGAUAUUCGUACAUCACAAUCUGGUAUCAAAUUUAUAGCAUCAUUAUCAACGAUUGUCCAAAUCACAACGUUACUUGUUUCAUUUAGAUCACAUCCAUCAACAUUGGUAAAGAAAUAUGGGAAAGAUUUUGAAUUGUAUUUUGUUCCACAAAUGGAAAACGGUGGUGAUGAAGGAUUUUUAGUUGCAACUCUCAACAACAAGCUCUGUGACCUGCAAAAGAAUACAAGAACCAAUUUUGAAUUACCAAAUUUUGACUUGUCAAGUGGUAUUUGUCGUCAAUCCACAGAUAUUAUCACAUCAGUUACACCAUUGAGUGGAUCUACUGUAGGUGGUUAUAGUAUUGACAUUGGAGGUAUUCAUUUUAGUUCAAACUCUAAAGUUAAAAUUGGAAAGACUAUUUGCCAAUCAACUCUAUUUAUUUCAACGACCAUGUUAAAAUGUAUCGUUCCACCUGGUAUUGGAAACAAUCAUAUCGUUUCAACUGUUUCAUCAUCUAUUGGAAUCCUCUCUCGAUUCCAUUUCAACUAUAAUCAACCAAUCAUAAAUGAAAUUCAAAGCCCAACAUUAACAUCAAACUUUAUGACCAUAUCAGGUAACAAUUUUGGUAAUAAUGCUCUCAAUUUAAAUAUAAAGAUUGGAAAGAGUGAUUGUUCAAUUGUUUCAAUCCAAAAUGAUCUUAUCAUUUGUCUACCAGCUUCCAAUGAUUUUGGUGUUGAUAGAACCGUUUCAAUCCAACAAUCCACCAACUCUUUGUAUACAACCAAUCUAAACAAAGCCAAUAUUGAUACAUCAUUGGUUACCUUUAGACCACCCAUUAUUCAUUCAGUCAGUCCAUCGACCACUGUUCAUGUUGGUCAAACCAUUUAUUUGUAUGGAAAGUAUUUUGGAUUGAAAAACAGUGACAUUGGUCCACAUGUUACAAUCAACAAACAAAAGUGCCAAGUUCUCGACUACUCACCAGAAGUGAUUACCUUUAUCGUACCAAAAGGUAGUGGAAGUAGCCAGAUUGUCGUUAAUGUUGGUGGUCAAACAGCUACGAUGCCAGUAACAUACGAUAUUCCCUAUGUUGAUUUCGUCACACCAAAACUAUUCAAUACCUCUGGUGGCCAAGUAAUGAGAAUAGAAGGUAAUUCAUUGGGAUCAUCUAUUUAUGAUAUCGAUUCUAUCUACUUUGCAGAGUCGAUGCAAUGUCAACCAUUUAACCUUCUCAUGGAAUGUACCAUUCCAGCUGGUGUUGGUAAAGAUAUUCAACUAAGUGGAACAAUCAAUGGAAAAACAAUGACACCUUGGAACUCCAACCCUUUAUUGGCUUCUUAUUUACCACCAUCAAUUGCCAGUGCUAUAAAGUUUUCAGGAAACCAAUUAUCAAUCAAAGGGUACAACUUUAUUCCACCUGGAAUUGAGGCAAGUUCUUCAUCAGUCAUUUUAUAUACCUCUUUACAGAGCUAUCAGGUAAGGGCUGAAUUCCAAGAUUCCUACACUGUUGUUUGUACCUCUCCAUACGUCUCAUCUGCCUUGGGUGUUGCUGUCAUUAUCAACGGACAAUUAUCGAGCAGGUUCGAUUUUGAUGUAUCAAUUGUUGGACGUAUCUACCUCGACAUGGAUCAUAAUAAUAUCCAUUCACAAGGUGACCAAACCACCAAUGCACAAGUUACAAUUACAUUGACAUCAACAGAUGGUCAAUUUACUCAAUCAGUAGUCACUGACACAUCUGAAUAUAUGUUUUCAGAAAUUCCACUUGGAGACUAUAAAAUCAAGGCUACUUCAUCAAGUAUCAUAUUCCCUAGAGAUACAUUCUCAAUCUCUUUAAUUGCCAACAGCGGGAUUAAAACUGUAGAUUUUGGUGGGUAUACAAAAGUUGGAAUCGCUGGAACGGUCACCUAUAAUCAAGAAACUUUAAAUAUUCAAAACAAUAUAAAUGUUGGAUGGUUUGGUUGGUGUUUUACAACAGAAUGUCAGGUAUCCUAUUCUUUUAAUAUUCCUUGGUCAUCAUCCAUUUACAUAUCAAGUACUACAGGUCAAAUUUAUCUUUACAUUUUGUAUGAAGAUUUAAAUUUAAAUUUAGUAUUGGAUGCGAAUGAACCAAAUAUUAGAGGUGCACUUUCAAAGACAACUAUAAGUGACGGAAUAACCACACACUUGCAAGAUUGCAGUAGUUCUGUUUGUACUUUUUAUUGUCCUAAAAGUGUCUGCACUAUCACCUUUGGUCAGGUUACCUACUCUAAUCCCAGGUUUACAAGUAUCUACAGUACAAUGGAUGUUGAAUUUAAUACAAUGUCGAUGGUCGAUCAACGAAAAGAUAUCAAUAUAGCUUACUACAACAAAGACCAAUAUCCUCGCUCUACUCGACUAGAUACCACUAAUAAUGGAGCUGUUAACUUGCCAAUUGGUGUAUUCCCACUUGCUAUGACCACUAUAACAAGGGUAGUUCCUACUCCCAACACUAUAGUUCAUAUCGUUCACCAAGGAGUUACCUAUUCCUAUACCCAAGCAACCGACAUUACCUUGUCCCCAGCAGCUCCCAUUACUACUGUUUCAGUAUCUCCACUUGGAAUCCUACAAGGAAUAGUACUUGCCCCAUAUGGACAAACAUUUUCAUUACCUGAUAUUUUUGGUUCAGCUCCACUUUACAUUUCUGUAAAUGAAAAGAUUGAUUCGUUCCCAUGCCAACUAAUUACAAUUAGUGGUCGUACUUGGUAUUGUGGUCUUCAAAGAUUAGGAGAAAUCUCACCAAACGCAAGAAUUUUCAUCAAAACCAACGACUGGCUUUUAAAUUCCUACCCAGUUUCACUUACCACGGUGACUGUAUCUGGUUUGGUUUUCCAUGAUACCAAUCUUAAUGGAAUCUAUGAAAUUGGUGAAAAAAUUAUCCCAGGAGUUCGAUUAGAAAUUUACAAUGUACCAUCGUCUUUUACUUUCAGUACAUCUACUGGUUACACAAUGCAAACAAAAAGUUUUAAUCAAAUCAAGGCUCUUCAAGUUUUUGGUCCAACAAGUGAAUCUUUUCCCCCACAAUCAAUUAUUUCAUUUUAUCAACAAGAUUCUCCAUCAUUUGAUUUUACCUCUUUUACAAUUAAUGUUCCAUUGACUAAAAUCAAUUUAAAAUGUAAUGGAUAUUUAAUUUCAGGAACGAAUCAAAUUGAAUUUGUUGAAGGAAUAAUAAACCUUUCAAAUUAUGCUGGAUGGUGUUUAGAAGGUCAAACUUGUCAAUACCCAAUCACAUCGGUAUCAAUGCCUCCAAGUUGUAUACGAGCUAAUAACAAUGACAAUACUAUUUCUAUUAUAGAAGGUUUCAACAUUAGGGUUGAUCUUUAUGAAGAUCUUUUUAUUGGAGCAGGCUCUAAUGGAUUAUAUCCACCACUCGUUUAUCCAAUGUUGGUUCGAACCUCUUAUUCUUUCCAAGGUAAAGAUAUCUCACUAGAAACUCUUGUUUCUUCAACAACUGCUAUUUUAAUUCCAAAAAAUCCUGGUCAAUUGACAACAAUAUCGAUUGUUGCUCCACCCCAGUCAUCACAUCAAUAUGCAAUUACAAACAAUAUCAAGAUUGAUUCAUUCAAUCCUCUAUCAACUGCCAUUCAAAUUGGAAUCACAACCAAACCGACAGUGAUUGGAUAUAUGGUAGAAUUGUAUGAUGUCCAAAAUACCGUUCUUACACUGCCAAUGGGUGUUUACAAAAAUGACAUUUUAACAAGACUAUCUUGGAAUAAUAAUCGUGCAAGAAAAAUCAUUACCUUUUCACCAGAUGUGGUAGUAUUGAUAUUCAAGAGUGAUUCGUCUAUGGUUGGACCGUUCAUUGGAACAACCAAUAAUAAUGUAUUCACAAUCCCUACAAAUACUGAUAUUUACAGUAUAGAGGUUGCCCACAAGAAUAUAUUCAAUACCAUUGUUCCCACUGAAGGUGGUUAUGUUCGUUUACCUGCCAAUCCAUUCCAAUCCUCUAGAUCAUUGUCACUACAUUUGGAAGGAGUACAACUCAAGUGUUCAGAAGUUCUCAUUUGUUUAUUCCCAACGGUGCCUGCAUCUGACAGACAAUUGGUCGUCAAAUUGCAACCUGGAAACAUUCAAUUGUACACCACCUAUACCAUUACCUAUCCAGUUAGAUAUCCUGUCCCAACCAUACCAGGUACCUAUCUCGAUGCCAAUAAUGGUCCCAACACAUUGCAACUAAAUGAACGUUUAACCUCUAUCACAAUGUACAAUCGAUUUACCAAUGUUGUUUUGAAACAAACGUCGCAAUCAAUCCCCAAAACAUAUGGAGUCCUUAUAGAAUCUGUAGACUCUGCAACCACAACUGUUAUUGAAAGUUACUCUGUCUCGAACCUAAAAACUCUUACCCUUUCAAGUACCUCUCUUGUUGCAUCUGGUUUGGGAGGAUCCAGUAGUACUAAAACCAUCCUUGAAGGUAUAACAAUGAGAUAUUUCUCAACCCACCCCGAUGGAGCAAUGAUACAAGAUCAAUUGGGAAGAGUAUUAUGGGCAAGACUUAGAGCUUCAAUAACAGAAUUUGCAAUCUAUGGACCACUUGGAUCAGGACUUGGUUAUUUGGAUUGUCUCGACCCAACUAGAAACCAAUUAUUGGUUACUCAAACGAUUGGUAAUGAUUUCUAUACACUCUUUGUUCAUCCAAAUUAUGGUGUAGUCCUUAAAGAUCGAAAUGACAAUCAAGAAUGGACACAAGUCACUUAUUUACCGACUGUGCAAACAAAACUUGUUUUCUAUGCUGAUGGUGAUUUAUGCUCGGUCGAUAGUGCAGGUGUAAAAGGAUGGUGUACCUAUACAUCUGGACUUGGAGGUCGCUACUUCUUGGUUGCUCCCACUGGCUACGCUCAAGGUUUCUUUUGGCAGAUUCUCAUGCUAAAUGCAAACGGUCAUGUUGUUUGGGCGAGAUAUUCCCAAGAUGGAACCAAGGUACAAUAUUCCAUGUUACCUGGGUCGUACAUGGUAGCAGGACAAGCUCUCAGAAAUGGUCAGUUCCUAACCAAUGGUCUCGUCUAUAUGGUUUAUGAUGCAAUUGCAGGAUAUAUUAAAUAUUAUCGUGAACCACCAACACAUCCAAACAAGGUCCUCUUGUCUCAAACACAAUGUAUUGGUAAUAUUCUACUCUUGUCUGGAACAACGCCUCAAUGUUUUAACGAUCAAGACACUAGCCAACUAUCUACCGUCACCACCACUCUUGCAUACUGGGGUCUUAGGCCAUCUGUCAGCGUCUCUUUUGAAACUCAAACAAAGACUACUGCUUUCUCUUGGACCAUUUUUACUGACCAUUCAUUUUCACCACUAUUACAAGAUCUCAUUCAAGGUCAAGUUUUCAUUGAUCUCAAUCGUAAUAAUAUAAUGGAUCAAAAUGAAGUUGGAGUCUUGGGUGUCGCCGUUUCAAUUGGUGUAUCAUCUACAACCUCUGACCAAAGAGGUUUCUUUUCUCUUCGAUCCCAUCAAUAUAUGACAGAGAAACUUAAAUUCAUCAAUAUUCCUUCUCAAUACUAUACUCCAAUACCAGAAUUUACCCUCUAUCAAAAUAGAUUUAAUAGAGAUAUUCCACUUUAUCAAAAAGGAAAUUGUUAUGGUUAUUUAAAUUCAAAUGAAAAUAGUAAAUUAUAUUUGGAUAUUGGUAGUUUUAGAUUAUCUGAUUUUGGUUGGUGUACAUUGAACAAAGCAUGUGCCAAUAGAGUAACAACCUAUUCAUUCCCCGAUCAAUGUUUGGUAGUAUUGGGUGACAAUAAUUUGUCCAAUCGUUCACACAGAUAUGUGUACCAAUCGUGUGUCACUACUCCACAAGCCGACUAUGUACCAUCGUCCAAAGAGAUACAAGAUAUCCUUGAUCUUGUGUAUCCAAAUGGUCCAAUUAUUCAUACUGAUACUGAAGAUGAUGACACCGAUACAUCACUUCCUGAUUCAAGUUCACCACCAACUCUCUAUGUUGAAAUCGUUAAUAUUCAAGUGAACCUAGGCUUCAUUAAUGUAAAGGCCACCACCGUAGUCUCCCAUCCCAUCAACAAUCGUACAACAAAACAUACGAAAAACAAAGAUAAGAAGGAACUUGACCCCUCGACCUGGGGCCAAGCCACCAAGGUAUUCCUUUGCUAUGCUGGUACUAUAAGUAGAUCUACUUGA